CUUAUUUGUUGCUUGGCUUUGAAAAGUCUAAAAGGAGGAUUAAAAUUUGAUGAAGUCGCAAUGAAGGAAUUCAUGCGUGAGCUUUAUAUUGCGGCAAAAACGCAAUCUGGCAUAUUAUCCCAGGAUACACAACUUAAUUUAAAUAACAAUCAAAUGCACGUGUAUAAGUCUUCAUCUACUAGAUCAAGUUCUGAGAGUGAUAGUUUUCGAAAUGAUAUGGCGGAAGCUCUGAAUACAGAAAUAAAACAUAUUAUUCAUUCUGGCUUAGAGCAUAAAAAAGCAGCCUUUUCAGAAAUUUCUAAUUUUCAGACAUGUAAUCAAAUCGUUAAUAAUAGAAGAAGAAGCUUGUCUUCUAUUAGAAAUAAUCUCGUGCAACCUUCCAAAGACUUUUGGAAAGAGAAACUUUCGGUGAUUAAGGAAAAUUAUACUGUGAAUCUAUCAGAUAAUCUUUCUUUAGAAGAAGAAACAUAUUCAAAGUUAUCUUCUGGUACAAAGCCAGUGCAUCAUGUGAAUAAUUUGUAUUCUUUCUCAAAAAGACGUCCGUCUGGAUCAAAAAGCCUAAAACAGACCGUCUCCAUAUCAGAUUUAAAAAUCACAAACUCUUAUAUGCCAGAAGAUCAAAUAGAUAUUCCAAUAUCUCUGGCUUUGAACCAAGAAAUAACAUAUCCUCAAGAGAAUGAUUUUGUCUUAUACAAUGGAAAACCCAUGGAAUCAAUUACACCAGUUAUAGAUGAUAUGCAUGCUAUUGUAAUUAAAGAACAGCCAUUUUUCAUUCCUUACUCUCAAUUUAAUAUAAUUGCGCCAUUGGAUUAUGGAUAUUUGGGUAGAAGUUUUAAAGUAUAUUGGAAGAAAACAAAUAAUGUUGUUGCUCUCAAAAAGUUGUAUCUUAAAGAAGAGGCUCGGGAAGAUUUUCUAGAAGAUUUUUUAAAAGAAAUAAAAAUACAUUCAAGGGUAGAGAUGUGUAAGAAUAUUAAUCGACUUUUAGGGAUAACUCAUGAAUCUGACCCGCUGAAAAGUCAUUUAGGUGUGAUAGCUUACAUAGCACCAGAAUUAUUAAAACCUACAUCUACAUCUACAUUUGUAAAUGAUGAUUCAAAAUCUAUGGAUUUAUCAAAAUCUACAGACAUUUAUAGUUUGGGAAUAUUGUACUGGGAACUUGUUAGUGGAUAUCCUCCAUUCAAAAACUCAAAUGAAAUUAAAUUAGUUGAAGAAAUAUGCGCUGGAAAAAGAGAACGUCGAGUUCCAGGCACUCCGAAUGAAUAUUUUGAAUUAUAUUCGGAAUGUUGGAGUGGUCAGCCAGAAAAUCGUCCAAAUGUUAAGGUAGUUUAUAAACAAUUGAAGAAGAUAAUGGAAAGAAUUAAUAGAGAAGGUAAGUAG